AGCUGGAGAACAAGGGAGCAGGGGAAUAAAGGUCCACAGAAGAGGAGAGUAACACACAGGACCCCUGCAUCAUUUCAUCUGGACACUUGAGAAGGAGCGUGAGGACUGAAGGAGGGAGAGAGGAGCCAAAGGUGACAGUAAACAGGGGCGGAUACGCACAGGACAGCACAGGACAGCACAGGACGUCUCGGCUUCUUUUCAUGGUGUUUUGGACACUCGUAGCAUGUAUGAGAAGUUAACCAUGCUGAACCUGCAGAGCGGCUCAAACUGGAGUGGGCCCAACAACUGGUACCAUGACCCCACUGGAGUUCAGACACAACACAGCACAGUGUCUGAGGGCUGUCUGCUGGACACCGAGGGGAGCAUGGGGGGAGAGGCAGUGGGUGGAGGAGCGGGCCGAGGGGGAGGAGUACCCGUGGAGCGGGACGAGGGCGAGGAGUCUCAGCUGAGGCUGCAGCUCAAGAGGAAGCUGCAGAGGAACAGGACCAGCUUCACACAGGAGCAGAUCGAGGCUCUGGAGAAAGAGUUUGAAAGGACACAUUACCCAGAUGUCUUUGCGAGGGAGAGAUUGGCAAACAAGAUCGAUUUGCCGGAGGCCAGGAUACAGGUGUGGUUCUCCAAUCGAAGAGCCAAGUGGAGGAGGGAGGAGAAGCUGCGCAACCAAAGGAGGUCAGGGGGCGUGACUUCCUGUUCGCAGAGUCAAGCUCCUCUGACCACUUCCUUCAACACAUCUGUCUAUCAUCAGCAGCAUGGCAGCAGUUCAGGGUCCAUGUUGAGUCAGGCUGAGUCGUCCCUGCCCAGCUACAGCUCCCUGUCAGUUUUCUCAUCUGGAGUCCAGUCUAUUUCUCCUCAGUCGGCCUCCUCCUACUCCUGCAUGUUGCCUCCAUCCCCCUCUGCCCCACGCAGCUUUGACUCAUCGGCGUACUCCUCCCCUCAUCUGCAGACUCCGUCCUCGGCCAACUCCAACACUGGGCUCAUAUCGCCUGGUGUCUCAGUGCCGGUCCAGGUCCCAGGAACUGAGCAGCAGAGCAUGAGUCAGAACCUGGGUCAGUACUGGGCCAGAUUACAAUGAGCAACAGACACUCAUUCCCAACAAGCAUAAGAGAAGACGACGGAAAAAAGGGCAUGUGAAAAAAAUGGGAAUAAAAAAAUACGGGGGACACAUGUGGAGCACAGGUCUGAGCUAAUGAGGGGUCUGGAUGAGUUGCAGACCCCCAAAUGCAUUAAAUGUUUACAAAUUCAGCCGA